UUAGCAGGCUUAAACAAAUCUUCCACUUUUAGCAGUCGCAUCAUUACAGCUGCUCCUCCCCCUCCCUACUCUUGACCGCUCACUUCGUCCUUUGGUCCAAAACCCACUCACCCACAGCUCCUCUAACAUCCCACUGUCUGUACUCUGUACUAUCCCCACACCAUACCACCAUAUACUGUCACUAAACCUUACACUGGACUUCCUCUCUCUGUCUUUGACACUUCUUAGUGUUCAUGUAUUCCAAUUUCAGCUAACCAAGAUUCUUCUCAGUAGUAGAAGAAUAGGAAAAAAAAAUGUCAGCUUUCUUAAAUGAUGAGCUCUCAAAGAAGACUUCAAUAUUCGGUCUACACUUAUGGGUAGUUGUUGGUAUUAUCGUUGGAGCUGCAAUUGUACUCCUCCUCUUCCUCAUCUCCCUUUGGUACACUUCAAAGCGUAAUUCUACAAACCCCCAAAUCCCACCAAACAUCUCUUCCGAAAUCAAAGAGAUCCGAGUCGACCCAUCUCGGACUCUACCCGAAAAACCGGACCCUCUUCCGGAACCCGAGAAAGAACCCCUAAACAACUCAGGUGGUGGUGGGUAUCAACAAAGAAUCCAAAUUGAGAUUGGGAGUGGGAAUGGGAAGGGUCAUUUAGUUAAGUUCCCGGAUCGGGUCGGUUCAGGUGGCGGGUCGGGUCAGGGAAGCGGGGAGGUGCGUUCGGGUGAGCAGGGGAGCAUUGCGGUGCCUGAGGUUUCGCAUUUAGGUUGGGGUCACUGGUACACUCUGAGGGAGCUUGAGAUUGCUACUAAUUUUUUUGAUCAUGAGAAUGUGAUUGGGGAGGGGGGGUAUGGCAUUGUGUACCGCGGAGUUAUGGAAGAUAAUAGUAGUGUUGCUGUUAAGAAUUUGCUUAACAACAGGGGACAGGCAGAGAGGGAAUUUAAGGUUGAAGUGGAAGCAAUUGGUCGAGUUCGGCACAAGAAUUUGGUGAGGUUACUUGGUUACUGUGCUGAGGGAGCUCACAGGAUGCUUGUGUAUGAGUAUGUGGAUAAUGGGAACUUAGAGCAAUGGCUCCAUGGAGAUGUAGGGCCAUACAGUCCUCUUACAUGGGAAGUUCGGAUGAAUAUUAUUCUUGGAGCAGCAAAAGGGUUGACCUAUCUGCAUGAGGGCCUCGAACCCAAAGUUGUUCAUCGUGACAUCAAGUCAAGCAAUAUUUUGCUUGAUAAGCAGUGGAAUUCAAAAGUAUCUGAUUUUGGUUUAGCUAAGCUUUUGGGCUCAGAGAGGAGCUACAUAACUACCCGGGUUAUGGGAACUUUCGGCUACGUUGCUCCAGAAUAUGCCAGCACUGGCAUGUUGAAUGACAGGAGUGAUGUUUAUAGUUUUGGAAUUCUUGUUAUGGAGAUUAUUUCUGGAAGGAAUCCUGUGGAUUAUAGCCGUGCUCCUGGAGAGGUAAAUCUGGUUGAGUGGCUUAAGACUAUGGUUUCUAACCGGAAUUCCGAAGGUGUUUUGGAUCCUAAGUUGCGUGAGAAGCCAUCUUCAAGAGCAUUGAAACGUGCCCUUUUGGUAGCAUUACGAUGUGUAGACCCCAAUGCUCAAAAGAGGCCAAAGAUGGGGCAUGUGAUACACAUGCUUGAAGCUGACGAUUUCCCCUUCCGCGAUGAUCGAAGAACUGGAAGAGAACAUGGACGUUCACAUCAUGAUGAAAUGAAAGAGAGGGUAAUGGACAAGCGCAUAAUUGAAUCAGGUGAUAGCAGCGGAUAUGAAAGCACUGUUCAAACCAACCGAUCUUUAUUGAGGAAGAAAGAAGUUGAUGACGAGGAGUAGCCUGGGCAACUGGGCUUAAAGGUCAAAUUCAAAUUCCCUAGUUUCUUCUACCAUUCAUUUUGGAGCUGGCGAAUGUACAUACAAUUCACUUGUGCAAAUUCAGCACUCGCUGUAGGUUUUUUGUAGAGUAGCUCUUGUUGUUGUCAUAUUUAGUUGCUUUCAAUUUUGUUAAGAGCAUAGCUCUUUUGUUAGUAUAUAAUUAAAUUUCCACUCACUCUUCUAGUUGGAUGCACUUUCCAAAUGAAAAGAAAUUGUCAGAUUGUAUUACAACAGACCUAUGUAACAAUCCCCUUUCAAUUCCAUGUAUCAGUUUGGUCUUCAUGUAAGGAAAUGUUGAAAUGAUAUUAGGUGAAAUUAGUAGUAAAAUGUAGCCUAUGUUUUGCCUUG